AUGAUAUCUCUAUUUGUGGCUGUACUGUACUUGGCACAAAGUACCGGGGUUUUUGCCGUUCCAAAUGGAGUAAUCCAAUUAGAUCUAGAAAAGGUCCCGCAUCCUCUGGUGAAUAAGAGAGAUGUGAUCGACUAUGGAAAUCCAAUCCUUCAGCGAGCUAAUCAAGAUAUUGCAGAUAAGCUUGACAAUCAGAAAUUCUUCUAUUCAACUACCGUCGGUAUUGGUACCCCUGCUCAGAAGCUCAAUCUCUUACUAGAUACCGGAUCAUCAGAUACUUGGGUUUUCACGAAAGACACGCAAGUCACUGGUAACUAUAGACCUUCUGCUAUCUUUGAUCCAUCUGCGUCUAAGACUUGGAAGUCAAAUGGAACCACGUUUCAAAUUCAAUAUGGAAUUGGCAACACACAGGGCCAAUGGGGUACUGAUAAGUUCGAGAUAGGCGGAGCAACCGUCAACUCACUUUCUAUUGGCUUGGCUACUAAUGCUGAUACAGCCAAUGGUAUUAUUGGUAUAGGUAGACCCGAGGCUGAGAUCACCAACCGAAACGGAAGAGUUUAUGAGAACCUUCCCAUGAGAUUGGCGGCAGAGGGUCAUAUCAACUCUGCUGCAUACUCUCUGUAUCUCAAUGACUUGAAUUCUAAGAGCGGCACUAUUUUGUUUGGAGGUGUUGAUACUAGCAAAUUCAUAGGAAAUCUUAAGAUUUUGCCUAUUACCCACCCUAAGCAUUUAGCUAUUACCAUGCAAGGUUUGUCUACAGAUGGAUUGGAUAAGAGAAAUCUUAUGACCUCGCCAUCUGUAUCAGUGUUAGAUUCGGGCACAUCAUUGUCAUAUUUUUCCUCUGAUGUUAUUCAACAAAUCCAUCAGGCACUGAAUGCCAACCCGUCAUUCACUAUUGGUCAGAAGUACUAUUGUGAUUGUAAUAUCACGAACAAUCUAAUUCUAAACUUUGGAAGUGCUGAAAUUGAGGUUCCCAAUUACGAUUUCUUGUGGCCCAUAGAAACAAUUGUUAGUCCACUUGUGGCUGGUGUUGCGUUUCCGCAAAACUCUUGCUAUUUAGGAAUCGAACAAGUUCAAGCAGGUAUGGACUUCAGUCUGAUUGGAGACAACCUGCUUAGAGCUUUCUAUACAGUCUAUGAUAUUCAGAACGAUCGAAUUGCCAUUGGUCAAGCAAAUCCUAGAUCAGGCACCUCUAAUAUCAAGCUGAUCACUAAGAACUAUAUCCCUGGGGCAGUCUAG